AACUUUGACGACCUGUCCUUUCCACCUCCCCGCAGGUCCUCCGCAGCCGCGGCGAACCAGGCGGCGGCGGCUGGAGCGCAGUCCCGGGGCCCCGCACGGCGGCCGGCGGCGACAGCGACAGCGGCGAGGGGCACGCGGCGCGCCCGCGAACCGGUGCCGACGGAGACCCAGCGAGCGCAGAGCCCGGAGCGCGCCUCCCGGGAGCCGCGGGUGGGCGCCCGGCUCCGGGGCGCCGGGACCUCGGCCGAGUGAACGGAAACCGCUCUUCAAUUGACUGGGCCCCGCCGGGCGGGCGCGUGUGCCCGGGGGAGCGCGUGCGGAAGGCAGAAGGGCAGGAAGUCGGUCUUCUGCAGCGAGGGUGGCGCGACCGCGCGGGGACCGAGCCUUCCUUAUUUAUGUGUCUGCCAGCACUCGCCUGCUUCCUCCGAGGACUUCAGGGAGAAUCUUCGAGCUGCUGUCCCCGCGUGUGAGGCCCGGAAAGGCUGGAAGUCAGAACAACAUGCCUAUCCACUAAACUCCAAACUUUUUCUUUUUUUAAUCCAAAGAAUAUCGGUGAUUUUUGUCCACUGCUAGGAGAAGAAGAAGAGAGCCCAGGGCUCUUGAGAUGCAGCAAAAUCCUUAUUUAUAAACAGGCCGAGGUAGUGAUAUGCAAACCCCCUGGACCCAGUGAGUGUUCUAUCCUAUGGAUAUCAGUUUUGAGGUUUGAGAUUGGAUUGCAUCCCUUUGCACUGGGUCCCGCCGCCUCCAUCCUUUCAAUGCCCUGUUUUCUCUGGGACUGCUGGCCUUCCCUGGAGAUUACAGUGGUCCUGUGUGCCAUGGGCUGUAUUCAGAGCAUCGGAGGCAAAGCCAGAGUCUUCCGGGAAGGCAUCACCGUGAUUGAUGUGAAAGCCUCUAUCGACCCCAUCCCCACCAGCAUUGAUGAGUCCUCCAGCGUGGUGCUCCGCUACCGGACUCCACACUUCCGGGCCUCGGCCCAGGUGGUCAUGCCGCCCAUCCCCAAGAAAGAGACCUGGAUCGUUGGCUGGAUUCAGGCGUGCAGCCACAUGGAGUUCUACAACCAGUACGGAGAGCAGGGCAUGUCCAGCUGGGAGCUCCCGGACCUUCAGGAGGGCAAGAUUGAGGCCAUCAGCGACUCGGACGGGGUGAACUACCCCUGGUACGGCAACACCACGGAGACCUGCACCAUCGUCGGCCCCACCAAGAGAGACUCCAAGUUCAUCAUCAGCAUGAAUGACAACUUCUACCCCAGCGUCACGUGGGCCGUGCCGGUCAGCGAGAGCAACGUGGCCAAGCUGACCAACAUCUACCGGGACCAGAGCUUCACCACGUGGCUUGUGGCCACCAACACCUCCACCAACGACAUGAUCAUCCUGCAGACGCUGCACUGGCGCAUGCAGCUGAGCAUCGAGGUGAACCCCAACCGGCCCCUGGGCCAGCGCGCCCGGCUGCGGGAGCCCAUCGCCCAGGACCAGCCCAAAAUCCUGAGCAAGAACGAGCCCAUCCCGCCCAGCGCCCUGGUCAAGCCCAACGCCAACGACGCUCAGGUCCUCAUGUGGCGGCCCAAGUACGGGCAGCCGCUGGUGGUGAUUCCACCCAAGCACCGGUAACAGCCCGGGCGCCCCGCUAGGUUAGACUCAGACAGUAAUUCUGCUCAGAACAGAACCCAAAUGCACUCUUGGUCAUUCAGCAAAUACAACCACUCUACCUUCUGCAGCGGGCGGAUCUCACUGUGCUAACGCCCCGCCGCCUCGGCUCUUGCCACCUGCUUCCUGCGGGGCAGGGGAGACCCAGCGGGACGGACAGACCCCCAGGGUACCCUUCAGGGUCCCCUCUGUCUCCUUUCCUCUCCUUUCCUCUCGAUCUGUCCUUCACUUGCAGCCAAUCCCUGAAACACUGCUUUUUUUUUUUUUUUUUUUUUUUUCUUAACUCCUCUUUAAUGGGGUUCAGGGGCAGGAGGAGGAGGUGCUGAGUAUGGGGGAAGCCCAGGCCCUGGUGUACUGGGGGCGGCUCCCCUCCUGCCCUGGUCCUCUGCCACGCGGCCUUAUGUAGACUUGCUUUGCCAAACUUUUGCCUUAAGCCGAAUUUCAAGGAAGGAAAAACAAAAAAAGAAAACAAACGACACAGGAUCUCUCUCCUACUGGACUGUACCUCUUCUGCCGGAGGCAGAGGGUGGGCAUCGGGUCCAGGGAGAGAGCCACCUGAGCCCCUCUUCCCAGUUGUCCCGGAAGGGGGACGAGCAUGGAAAUUGAAGCCUGAAACCAGUUGCUUGUUCUUCUGUUUGGGCAGAAGCAGAUCCACAGGUUCUGCCCGAGAGCUCUCCUCAGCCCCGGGUAGACACCCACCCCGGGUUUGCCAGGAGGGGCUGGGAGCUGGGGCACAUCUGCAGGGCCCCUCUCUCUCCUCGCAGCCUUAACUCGCUUGGGGUGGGGGGCUGUGAGCAGUGGGCUGGCCCAGGGAAUGUUCACCCUCCCCGUCCCAACCCGUCCCCGGGUCUGCCACGUCCCCUCGCCCCUCCCGCUGUGGCUUUCCCUGUUCCCUCCACACGGGUCCCAGCGCCAUCAGGACAGGCCGGGUUUGAGUCUCAAGGGUAAGAGAGGCAUGCCUGUCCCUCUUUCACUGCACCUCAAGACUUGAAUUUGGUGGAGCCAGCACCCUUGGCUGGCUGUCCUCGGCUACUGCAAAGGAGCCAGCGCAGGGCUUCUGGAUCAUUCUCAGGGGAUGCCACUCCCAGGCUCUCUGGGGGAGGGCUGCAGACAGGCUCCAAGCCCCAGGGGUGACGGGAGGCUGUGGAGGACUCCGGAGCCAUGGGCGCUCAGGGGUCAGUGGAGCGCCUGCUCCUGUCCUCAGAGAAGGAAACCAGAGCAGGGCCAGAGGGUCGUCAAGCCAGUGCGGGGCCAGUGGGCACAGUGGCGGCCGGCCUUGGGGUCUGCUCUCUGGGACCCCAGGACUUGGUCUCGGGGGGCCGGCUGCUCCCGGGCACGCUCGGGCCCUUGCGCGAGCCGGGUUCCUCCAAGCUGGCCAAACCCCAUGUGCGUCUCUGGCCCUGCAGUCACACCCACAGUAACCAAGCACAGGAAGCCGUCGGACUAGGAAGACAACCCACUUCUGCUGCAGAUGAGCCACGGGUAGGAGUCUCAGUGAUGAUGUGAGGGACACAGGCACAACGUGCGACCUGUCCCUCAAGGGGUGCCCAGCUUGCGCCAGGAGGCUGUGCCCACCCUGGACACACUGGGCCAGAGCCACUGCUGGCGUGGUGCUUAGGGAGCCCCUGGCCAGGGUGGGGCCCUCCCCUGGAGCCGCAGGUUCCCUUUGUGUGUACGGAGGCCCGGCCACCAGAAAGGCUGUGGCCUUGAGUCGGGGAGCAAUGGGGUCCCAGCUCUCCUGCUGGGCCUCCUGGGUGGAGGCCCUUCUCUAACUCAGGUCUUUCUUGCACUAAAGCGGAGACGGGCCCGGGCAAGGCAUCAGGAGGCGGGGUUCUCAGCCUGGACUGGUCAUCACUAAGGGCCCCUCUUGGAGUGGGGCUGUGCGGGGGGCCUCAGCUGCUCGGGAGCACCGUGGCUCCUGAGCCUGCAUAUCCUGGGCGUGAACAGGCACUUGAGGCAGGGGCCAGCCCCCUCCCCUGCAUGCCCUGCCCUGCCCACCAGGCCCCUGGCCGUCAUCCCCAGCCCCUUCCUCUCCACCCUCUUGCCUGACUAAAGGGGGGCUGGCGAGACCCCAAGAGGAAGCAGGUCCGGCUGAGGACGCUCAGUGAGGCUUGCACCCAGGCCCCCUCUGACGUCCCCCGCCCCGGCGCUCACUCCUUCCAGCAAUAAGAGCCGUCUCUGGUCGUGGAGUGUACUGUGAAAAUGAGCCUGGGCCCUCGCCAGGAGGCGCAGGACUGGAGACGAUGUACAACGAGCCUUUUUAAAGUUUAAGAUUUAAAAACAAAGAUAAAGAGAAAUAAAAUUCAUUUUAAAGUAGGCCUG